CAACGGGUGCUCCACAGCUGUUGGGCUACAGUGUGGGUAUCAUGCGGUGCACAAUGCAAUGCUGAAGAACCUCUGAACAGUUUGCAUCAAGGUCUUCUCCGCACACUACGCUGUGAGAAUCCUCUCCACCGAUACGUCUCGGUGGACUUGGGCCCCAAUGCCCCCGUGUGGUCUCUCUCAUCUGCGACCGAUGUCGCACACAUUGUCCGCAACGCAUUGGCAGCAUCUUCGGCUCCUCUGCCAGAAACCGAGUACGCCGUGCGGGAUUCCAUGAUCCAUAUCUCACGAGUAUACGAAGACCGACAGGAGGCCCGACUGGUGGACACCACGCGGCCUCAGGCCCCCGAGAUGCGCCCUUGGUCGACCCCUGGCCAGAACAUUCGGCUGGAAGUUGCCACCCCGGGUCUGCUGAACAGCCUUGUGUUUACGGAAUAUCCCACUAUCGACGAUGCUCUUGCCGACGACUGUGUGGAGAUCGAGCCAUGCGCUUUCGGACUCAGCUUCCGGGACAUCAUGGUUGCGCUGGGUCAGCUCGACGAAACGCGGAUGGGCUUUGAGUGCAGUGGAGUGAUCACCCGCGCCGGACCGGGCGCACGCGCCGCUGGCUUCACUGCUGGACAGCGGGGUGUGUAUCCCCUUCACCAACGAGAGAUCUUCGUGACGGUCGGAUCAGAGCGCAAACGCGACUUCCUGGUAGAGGAAUACGGAAUCCCCCCGUCGCACAUCUUCAGUAGCCGCAACCGUUCCUUUGCGAAUCAUCUCAUGUCGGCGACCGAGGGGAAGGGGGUGGACGUGGUGAUCAAUUCGCUUGCGGGCGCUUUGUUGCGCGAAACGUGGCAGUGCGUGGGGACGUUUGGACGAUUUAUCGAGAUCGGUAAGCGAGAUAUCGAACAGAACAGCAUGGUGGAGAUGGGGCCGUCUACGCGGAGUAGGGAGGUGCAGCGGAUCUUGGGAGCGAUCAAUGGACUGAUGGAGAAACGGGAGAUUCGACCGGUCAGGCCGGUCACACGGUUUGGCAUGGGAGAGAUUGAGACAGCAUUUCGCACAAUGCAGACCGGACAACACGUUGGGAAGAUUGUGAUGGAGGUGAAGGAGGAGGAGAAGGUGAAGCUGCAGCGGGUUUUAGAUGACAUGCGACCGGUGAUCCUAUCACGUGAGGAGACGUAUCAAAUCGUAGGCGGUGUGGGGGGAAUCGGGCAGUAUCUCGCCCAGCGGCUGGUGGUGGAAGGCGGUGUUGGAAUCUUCGAGGCCAUGACCCGUGAAGACUAUCUCGCCGCCAUCAAGCCCAAAGUCCAAGGAUUGUGGAAUUUGCAUACUCUUCUUCCACCCGACCUUCGCUUCUUUAUCCUUCUCUCCUCCAUCAGUGGGUUCGGCGGUAACGCAGGCCAGGCCAACUACGCCGCUGGGGGGAGUUACCAGGACGCAUUGGCCCGCUGUCACGCAAUUCAGGGUCUCCCCGCCGUCUCCAUAGACUUGGGAAUGGUCUCAUCCGUCGGCGUCGUCGCAGAAUCUAGACCCCUCACGCAUCACCUCGAGAAGCUCGGACUACGCGCCGUGUCCGAACAGGAGCUGUGGGCCUUGGUCGCGUCCGCCAUCCGCCAUCCCAUCCGAACCCCAGAGACUUGUCACAUCGUCACCGGGCUACCAAGGGGGUUUGUGCGGUCGGAGACUGCUGCUGGCUGGAACCGCGACGCCAGGUUCGCCAUUCUUGAGCAGCAAACCCCCUCUUCAUCUGGUCCUGCACCUCAUCCGCACCUCUCGCCGGGAGCUGGUCUGAGAGAUCAGCUGGCUGCCGCUACCACUUUGACAGGAGCAACCCUAGUCAUAGAGAACGCCUUAGUCACGAAACUGGCCGAAGUGUUCAGUCGCACCCGGGAGGGGAUUGAUCCCUCCUUGCCUCUCGCGCAGUUCGGCGUCGAUUCUUUAGUGGCGGUGGAAUUGCGCAAUUGGUCGGCUGCGACGGUGCAGGCUGAUUGCUCCAUCUUCGAUGUCAUGCAUGCGGUUUCGGUGACCGGGCUCGCAGGGAAGAUGGCAGAGAAGAGUCGAUUUGUCAAACUGUAG